GAUGCAUCGGUAUCGAUAAUUCACUUAUACGCAUCUGUAUGCGUUUCGAAUUGCCCUUAAGAGUCAUUCUUGAUAGGCUCAUCCGGCGUAAAACCUAAUGAGAUAUCGUAAUAUUAUUCAUAGGACCCCAAGGUGGCUUUUCCCCUUCCGCGAGACUUCAAAUCCGCAUAUCCUAAACCCGCCAAAAUAUCGCGACCCGCCCCCAAGGUCUUCAUUCGCAAAGGCACCUCUCCCAACUACACUUUUCCAAGCUCCUAACGUCUCCUUACUGCGAGCGUCUCCUAGAGAGCAACAAUAUUGUGCGCAAUUCCUACUGUUUCAGACCGUUCCGUUUAACCAGCACACGACGCUGCAGGGGACCGGUAUGUUGAACUUUGUCCAGGUCAUUACGACCCCUACCGCCGACACACACGGUGCUUGCUUGUUGCUUCACUUUGACAACAAGCGCUAUUUAAUUGGGAAUAUCGCCGAGGGAACACAGCGCGCUGCCGUCCAGCGAAAUAUCGGCUUACAGAAGGUCGAAGAUGUUUUCUUAACAGGUGUGGUUAACUGGCAAAAUGCCGGUGGCCUUCUAGGCACUAUCCUCGUCCUUGCCGAUACCCUGGCUACCAAGAUAGAUAGCCUCAAACAAAAUAUCGAAGAGCGUAAGAAGAAAGGGCUCGGGGAUCGUAAAUUCCGUGCUCUUAACGACAUUGUCAUGCCGAGGCUUAGGAUUCACGGAGGCAAGAAUUUGACACACCUACUCGCUACGGCGCGCAGGUUUAUUUUCCGGAAAGGACUGCCUUUGGACCCCCAUGAGGUUCGCGACGGCCCCCGCUUAAUCGAACAACAAGAAUCUAAACCGGAUUGGGAAGAUACCAACGUCAAGGUGUGGUAUAUACCUAUCCAGUCGACAACGAUCGUAUCGACUAGCCCUCGAAAACGGACGCACGAGGAGUUCGCAGAGACAUCCGAAGUGGAUGAGCAGCAACCCACCCUAGACGAUGAAGAGGACAGAAAGCUAGUUCAAACCGUAGUCACCCAGAUGUUUGACUCGGACUGGAAGAUGGACGCGCUGGUAGAGACCACCUUGCACCAAGUGAAGCAACCCGCGAAAAUAUACGUCCGGGAUGAUAAAGGUCACAUCCAAGUAUAUACAGGUCCCUUACCAGGAAGUGGAGAGGCGGUACCAGAUAUACCUGUAUUAAUACGUCGACCAUGGCCCGGAGCAAUGGUACACGCACUGCCGCGUACGAAACCCUCGAACCAAUCCUUGUGCUAUAUUUUUAAAACCCAUGAACGACGAGGAAAGUUUAACCCCCAAGUAGCUGCGAAGCACGGCGUACCUAAGCAAUCCUACAGCCUGCUCACGAGUGGCCAGAAUGUAGUGGGUGAAGAUGGGUUUGUAGUAACUCCAGACAUGGUUUUGGAACCGAAUAUUCCCGGGAACGGGUUUGCUGUUGUCGACUUGCCGGACCCUUCUUACAUCGAUGCGCUCGUGAACCGUACGGAGUGGUCAAAUGAUAAUCUUAUGGAAGGUGUUCAUGUUAUCUACUGGAUUCUUGGCCCUGGGGUCGUAAAUGAACCCCGGCUACAAGAGUUUAUGCAAAAGAAGUCGGCAAUCAGACACAUCGUGUCCUCACCAGACAACUGUCCGAACAGGCUCGCAUUUGAUUCGGUCACAACUCAAACUUUCAAAUUACGAUGUAUUGACCCUGACCGGUUCCGCUUGCCCAUUUACGACAAUAACGUCUCAAUUUCGAACGCCUCGACGACGCAUGUCUCUUCUCUCUACGAAAGUAGCAAGCUUGGGAAGGUUGUGCAAUUUGCACCCCAGUACGUUCAUCGAGAUGACAAGAUUAUUCCAUUUCCAGAUAUCGAAAGGUUGGCCCGAGAGGAUAUGAAUGAUGAAAUAUUAGAAAUGGCUCGAAAAGCCAAGGCGAGAGUUUCAGAUCCCGAAUUUCUAGCCAAAAUCGAAAAAGUGGAAUCGGACAUCCCAAACCGAGACGCAGAAAUAAUUCCUCUAGGAACUGGCUCUGCUCUGCCAUCCAAGUACCGUAACGUCUCUUCUACGCUCCUUCGGGUCCCGGGAUACGGUAACUACCUGUUUGACUGCGGCGAGAAUACGAUUGGUCAGUUGCAGCGGGUUUUUGGCAACGAGCUCCCCGAAAUCUUGCGAGAUCUCAAAGGCAUAUGGAUUAGCCAUCUCCACGCAGACCAUCACCUAGGCACCGCUUCCGUCAUCAAAGCAUGGCACGACGAGACGACGCGGUCAAACCCCUCCGCUAAGCUCUUCGUCGCGUCCCACACGCACAUGAUAGACUGGCUGCGAGAAUACGCGGACAUCGAGAACUACGGUUUCGACCGUCUUCUGACUGUCAAUUUUAACAAAGGGCGUUCUCAUGUAUUCUCGGAGACGGAGACGAGGGCCAUCGGGUUAGAACAGAUCACGGCUUGUAACGUGAGGCACUGUUUCGGUGCGAUGGCAACGGUCUUUACUUUCCCGUCUGGGCUCAAGGUCGCGUAUUCGGGCGAUUGCAGGCCGAGCGACGAUUUCGUCGAGAUCGGAAAGGGGGCCACCCUGCUCAUCCACGAGAGCACGUUCGACGACGAGCUUCAAGGUGAUGCUAUCGCUAAGAAACACUCGACUAUGUCUGAGGCUAUCGAUGUCGGCCGCCGCAUGGGCGCGAGGAGGAUCCUACUGACGCACUUCUCGCAAAGGUAUCAGAAGGUGCCUAUAAUGGAGGAAAACUUGGAGAUUCGCGCCGAUGCGGUACAGAGCAAGAAGGCAGAGCUAGAUGAGGUGGUCCUAGUAGCAUUUGACUACAUGCGAGUCAAGCUAGGAGACUUCAGAAAGGCGCAGGCUUUCUUGCCUACCUUGCAGAAGCUUCUUGAGGACGUGCUGGAUGAUCAGUGAUAAGUGUAUAGAUAUUAGAAAGAUAUUAUACUAUCAUGACUGGGCUUUGUCUAUGAUCUAGGGUAAUAGCGGCUCCCUUACUUCGUGACUCAGAUUUGGAUAUUAGUCCAUCCCCACUCCAAUGGUAACACAUUCGCCAUAUGCUCGAUGGGGCACAUAUGGAAGAUCAAAUGAAGAUGAAGACGUCGCCUUAUAUAGUACGAACUAGCACAAUCAUAGGUACCUGUUAGCUAGUCGUCUUCUAACAAAGACUAGACAAAAUAAAAAUAAAAUAAAAUUGAC